GUCUCGCUAAUGUAGAAACACGUUAUAGCUUUUCCCCCAAACCGUUAGUUUAUUGCAUGAUCACUGCUGGGAUAGCCAUGCCUCGGACCUGGAGUUUCCCACUGUUUGCUCUCGUAAUAUUAAGUGUAUUUCACCAGCUGAUUCUGAAGUCACUGGACUGUCAACGUAACGAGUACCUGUCUUUGUAUUAUGGUCGUUCUAUGGUGGUUUGUAAUUCGUCUGACGAUGACGUCAUUAAAAUGGAUAAUCAGUUGUUGAGUAAAAUGAUUGUUCCAACACACAUCUGGAGUUUGGCCCUAUCCGUCCUCAACCUUGUAUCCCGUGUGGCUCUCUCGGACUCGUACUUCAAAACCCGGUUACCAGAUUACCGUGACCACGCAUGCGCUCGUGAGUGCGAGGAGGACGGUACCCCCCUGACUUGUCAAUACGACUUCACCAUUGAGUAUUACUACACCUUAACCCAGGCCUGUUAUGGAUGUCCCUACAAUACCACAGACUGUUUCCGCCCUCAUUGUGUGGCCGCGGACGGCGUAUCACGGGGGAUCAUGACCGUCAAUCGGAUGCUACCUGGACCAGCUAUACGGGUGUGCGAGGGAGACACGAUCAUUGUCAAUGUCAAGAAUAACUUGGAGGGAGGGGAGGGUACUGCGAUUCACUGGCACGGCAUUCUCCAGAGUAAGACCCCCUACAUGGACGGCGUGGCCAUGUUGACACAGUGCCCCAUCAACCGUCACUCAAAGUUCCAGUACAAAUUCCUUGCUGAAACACCCGGUACCCAUUUUUGGCAUGCCCAUGCAGGUUUACAAAGAGCUGAUGGAGUCUUUGGCUCUCUUGUGAUUCGUCAACCAAAGUCACGUGACUAUCACUCAGCGUUAUACGACCAUGAUUUGCCGGAACACUCCAUCUUACUCAAUGACUGGAUCGGCGAAAUGGGCGCAUCUCGAUUUGCCGGCCAUCACCACGCUAUGACGGAACACUUACCAACCUCUAUCCUAAUAAACGGACGAGCGACUUUGAAAACAUUUCUUCCAAAAUCAGAAGUCCAUAAUGGCCAUGGAGGUCACAUGAUGCCAAUGGAAACCAAUGGACAUCAACAAGCUGGGCAUAUGAUGCACGAUUCGAAUCUAAAUCAACAUGCUGGUCACAUGAUGACAGACAUGAACAAUCAUCAGAUGGUCCAAGACGGCAACAGGCAAACGACAAGCAGUGACAAUGAAAACUCAAUGGACUCCCUUCCAACAACGAACCCAGCGAUGCAAAAUAUGCACAGCAUGCACAAUAUGCAUACCAUGCACACAAUGGGAAUGCCAAAUGCUCAUAAUGACCACAACAUGGGUAUGGGCCCUAUGUCAAUGAACAACGGAGAUCAUAGUAUGCACAGUAUGAACUCUAUGGGCAUGAACAAUGGGGAAAGCAAUAUGAACAUGAACAAUGGAGAAAGCAAUAUGAACAUGAACAAUGGAGAAAGCAAUAUGAACAUGAACAAUGGAGAAAGCAACAUGAACAUGAACAAUGGGGACAAUGAGAUGCCAAGUGGUAUGGAGUCACUUACAACACUUUCGAACUCAGAUUUAGAAAUGCUUGUAAAUUCAGAACAUCAGAUGCACCAAAUGCAUCAAAUGGCGAUGCGAAGGCGACGAAGUGCUAACGAAAACACUGUCACUGCACCAACAACCAGUGACGAUAAUGAUAAACCUCAUGUACAACUCCCUGUCCAAACUCCUCAUGCCGUCUUUGCUGUAACACAAGGUCAGCGCUACAGAUUUAGAGUUGCUAGCAAUGGUGUAAAUAACUGUCCAAUCGAAGUCUCCAUCGAUAACCACACUAUUACCGUCAUCAGCUCUGACGGCACACCUUUCAAACCCGUCCAUCUCCAAUCUUUCAAUAUAUUUGCUGGAGAAAGGUAUGACUUCAUUUUAAAUGCUGAUAAACCGAUUGGGAACUACUGGAUUCGAACCCGUGGUUUGGCCGAUUGUGGACCAGAGUAUAAUGGCGUAAGUCAGACAGCUAUCCUUCGAUAUGAAGGUGCCAUGCCGAUGUUUCCAAAAGAGUCUACAGAAUACGAGGCAGGGGAAAGACCAGGAAUGAAAUUAAAUCCAUUCAACAAGAACUCUGACCUGAACACAAUGAACGUGGAUCGACUUGAAUCCUUAAUUCCAGAUGACAUUUCGCUCAAGGUCAAGCCAGACAGGGUGCUUUAUCUUGCCAUGGAUUUCAAUUUCAUCGAGAAUUAUCGGUUUAACGAUCCCGACUUCUACUCGCUGCAGCAUAUGAUGCAUAGAGGGGGACACGGAGGACAUGCUCAUCAUAUGUUUUCCCCCCAGAUCAACAGAAUAUCUUAUGCUGCCCCUCCCUCGCCUCCACUCACCCAGUACACUAAAGAUCUAGAGGACAUCUUUUGUGAUGGAAAUUCAUAUAAAGAUAAGAACUGUAAGAAGGAGUUUUGUGAAUGUACCCACAGAGUCAAAAUCAAGCUUGGAGAGGUCGUAGAAAUGGUGCUGGUAGACGAGGGAAAACAUAUGGAUAAUAACCAUCCAAUGCACAUGCACGGAUAUAACUUCAGGGUCGUUGCCAUGGAAAAGUUGGGGAACAUGACUUCGGUUGAACACGUUCGGUUUAUGGAUGAUAUGGGACUAAUCAAUAGAAAACUCCAUAGGGCUAUCUCAAAAGAUACAGUUACCGUUCCUGACGGUGGCUAUACUAUUAUUAGAUUCCACGCCACCAAUCCAGGAUUUUGGUUAUUCCAUUGCCAUAUCGCUUUCCACAUGGAAAUGGGGAUGAGUAUGGUCAUCCAAGUUGGUGAGCCUGAGCAAAUGCCCAGACCUCCGCCCAACUUUCCGCGUUGUGGCGACUGGACUCCAAAGGAGCAGGCAGAAAGCGACGAUAGCAUCUGCUCCCCACCUCCAGCAUCUGCUAACUUGGCGUUUGAUCCGCCUACCUCAGCAGCACCGCCCACAACUACAACCACCCCCGUACCCCCCACUGAGGCCAUUACUUCAACAGUUCCACCCUUACAUCAGAUCUAUCUGGGUGGAAUUCAACAGACAACUGAUGUAAAUCUUAAGGACGUCACGCUUCACUAUGCUCUGCUCGUUUGGAUGACGGGGAAAAAGAAUUCCAUGAAGUCCCCCAAAACUUCUGCUUUCUCAAAAGAUCAUGGCCGCCAUAAAAAUAUGUCUGGAAUGAAAAACAAGCAUCAUAGGAAGCACAAAAACAUUUUAAGUGGUCACCAGAAAAAUAAUGAAUCCAGUCACCAUUCCCCCAAGUCGACGCCCAACAAUUUACCAUUCAUGAGCAUCAAAUCAGCAAACGUGCCAAGUUCUUCGAAGAGUAGUAUGAUCGAGCUGACGAACUUACCGAAAAUGAUAGUCCCAGCUCACUACAUUAAAAAGAUCAUCUCGGACCAUCCUUCAAAAUCUGUCAAAAAGGUACAUCGGCAGCAGCGAGGCCCCGGAAGUAGAGAACGUGUUGGACGGUUGUCAAGUUCUUUGGGAAAAGUAGGCAAGCGAAACAUCACUGUGCAUGCCGUUAACAAUUACAAACAGACAAAAUUCCGCCAGAGACCCAGAGGGUUUCCUAAACCAGUGCGGAAUGGACCGACAGUGCUUAACACAAUGUCUUCUCCAAACUUAGAUAGACAUACAAAUGAUUUACAGAAGACAUUGCCAAUGAGAAACAGAAAUCAUAUCGAUCAUUACCGGAAGUUACGAAACCCACCGAUUUCACGGCACAGAAUAAGUCACGGUUUAUCUCGCAUGAAGCGAGAUUUGGUUAGAAGACUUCAAUCAAGAUCGUCGGAUCCAUUAUGAUGAAAUUGUUAUUGAACACAGUGGUAAUGAAAUCCAACCCUGCUACUCGAAACGAGAUGCGAAACAUACGACACAAA